AUGCUGUUUGCCGAGUUCUUUCAACUAAAGGGCAUCUCCAGGCUUUUCCCAGAGGGUCUGACGACAGUAUACACAAAUGAACAAACCUUUCAGUCAGAGAAGGCAGUCCUGAAGGCCCAGUUGGAGGGCACAGCAACCGCCAACAGGCCAAGCGUCAACGGGGGGGAACAUCAUCUUGGCGUGGAGAAAAGCGACUCAGAUGAUGAGGAGACGCGAAACAAAGAGAUCCAGGAUGGUGAGCUUCGGCGGGAGCUGCAGGAGCUGCUUGUCCUCCAGAACAUGCUGGCUUAUUUGCUGCAGAGCCACAGGUUGCAAGAAGCAGAGGUCGCAGUUUGUUGCUUCAUCGACAGGAACCCUCGGAAUGCUGACGGGUUCGUUCUCCUGGCUGACAUUUACACCCAGGAAAAAAGAUUUGCAUCGGUGUGCGAGUGCUUGUGGGGAGCGAUUCACAACUCCCCUGGAAACCGGAUGCUGUUGCGGUUGCUUCGCGAUUCAGAGGAACAGUCUCUCCUGCAGCUGUGUGAACUGCCUGUAUCGUUUUUGGCUAAAUCUCUUGCGACCUAUCAGCCCUUAAAUAGCCACCGAUCAGGUUCUAUGGAGUUUUCUGACUCUAUUUUCAGCGUGGAGACGGCCCCUGUUGUAGUCGUACGGCAAGGCACUCAUGUGGCUGCCAUGGCAAAUCGAGAUCUGGAGCCAGGAGAAAUCGUUUUUCGGCAAAGACCGUUUGUACUAACCCCACUGAUGCUUGAGUCUGGUCAAAUCUACACCAGCUGUUUCCACUGUCUGCAAGAUCGAGAAGACCCCAGUAGGGGGUACUCUUGUCCUGUAAAGCCGUACACCUGUCCCUUUGCCUUUUGUUCAUGGGAGUGCCUUAUGCGUAACAGCCGAAUACAUGCCUUAGAAUGCCAGGCGAUUCCUUUGUUGCUGGCAGCAGCGAAGGAGUCUAAGCUCAGCUCCACGACCGUGCUGCAUAUCUUUCGAACAAUUGUGAAGACUGGCCUGGAACGGCAGAACCGACAGGACCAGGGGGAUGAGCGCGACAAGGGUGAAAAUGCAACAACGGACGUGGUUGAACAGCUGCUGCAGCUGAAUUCAUAUAGGGCGGCGGUCAUUAGGGGCCAACCAGAGCUGUACGCGCAACUUACGCUGCUAGCGCGCCGAUUGCAGCGCGUUUUGCCCGCGCAUCUUCUCUUAUUCCUCGAAGAAAGAGAAUUGAUAGAGCUCAUGCUCAUUUUGUGGCAGUACUCUACCUUUUUGACCUCCCCUUCAAUUGCUUCCGCCGUAGACGGAAGGAACCCCGAUGGAGCGAUAGGUCAAGUCCUAGCACCCGCGGUCGCUUUGCUGCACCACAGCUGCGUUCCCACGUGUGUUGUGUGUCUGCAAGAGGAUGGACUGGUGGCCGUGCGAGCUCUAAGCUUCAUUCCUUCUGGGGGGAGCCUGUGCAUUUCUCUUGAGGAAGACCUCUUCAAGCCGCAAAAAGAACGCAAGGGGGUCACAGCGUCCCCGCGGAUAUUUGGAUGCGGCUGCAUCCGAUGUACGGACAGCGCAGAAGGCGGCAGACUGUUACGGGGCAUCCGAUGCUUCAAGUGUGUAAGGGGCUUCCUUAGCCCGCACAAAAGCAAGUCUUUGGCCUCUCGCCUCAAUGCCUAUACUGCAGCUCUGUCUACGGUGCCGAUGCCUGAAAAUCCCUUUGAAAAAGGCCAAGUGCGCAAGGCGAAUUCGCUCACCGCGCAGCAAGAAGCGGAGACAUCUGAGUCGAGACGAAGGGAGACAAGGCCAGCGGAUAGCCAGAGCCCUCAGGCUGCGGGUGAGAAGGGGACUUUGGAAGGUGAUGCGUCCCUCGACGAAGAAUGGCUGUGCGCUAACUGCGGCUUAACGUCUGCCUACGUCAAUCGGAGCUGUGCAGUCCUCGAGCGCGAAGUUGAGCAACUGCAAGCGGCUGCAGAGAGAAGGCUUGUGAGUGGUGCCCGUCUGGAAGCACGCAAGCUCUAUACUGCCCUUGCACAGAGGUACAGCAGCCAGCUGCACCCCCAGCAUGCCGUCCUGUUCAACACACACACCAUCUUGGCAGGCCUCCUGGCGUCUCAGCCCGCAAAAGACCCCAUCAAAGCCCUCAUAUACAUCCGGCGAGCAGCUCUGGCAGCAGAAACCGUACUGCCCCCCUGCUCCCGUCUCAAGAUGGAUUUGAAUGUCAGACUUUCUGACUUGACCUACCAGGCAAUGAGCCUUAACCAGCACUGCCGGCGAGGCCCUGCACUUCCUGCCCACUUUUUAAUGAGUCCUUUGUAUGCGGCACUUUGGAAUUGCUCUGUCUGCUUUGGCAACGACUCUAGCUUAGCCAUUGUGCUGCAGCAGAAGCUGCGGAGAUACGCAGCCCUCCUCAACGUUUCAACGCCUCCGCUGCUGCAUCAGCCGGUGCUCAAAACUCACUUCGCGGCUGACCCCAUGUUCUUUGCCUCCGCCUUGGUUCGCGGUGGCUUCUGCUUUCCCUUGAGCCUUCAAGUGUUUUUGGCAAUGAAAGACGUCCCCCAUCUCCCCACAGGACUGACGCUUCUAGGCCUCGCCUGUCUGCACCGGUGGAGGCCCCUCAAUGGCCUUGCCGCUGCCCUCGGCACAACUAGCGUCGCUAGCUUUGCCAGCCAGCCAGUCAGCCCGCCUCUCAUAACAGCACUCGGUGUGACGGCCCUCUUGGCAAUGGCUGGCAGCGGCACAAAGCCGUACGAGUUUUCUCCUGAGGCGCUGGGCAUGCAUGAGAACCUCAUUGCUGUUCAGCAGAUGACAAGCGCGGAGGAUGCGGCGUCGGGACGGGAAGCAGCUAUUUUGCGGCACCUCUUGCAGCGCUGUGAGCUCUUGGAGAGAAAGGAAGUUGCCGCCACCAGCUGGCCAGGCCUGAAGUCCCCUAAGCGCAGCCCUCACCGGCCAGAGAGGUCGUCCGCUGCAGCGGAUGCAAGCCUCGACGGAGGGGAACCGGUGGCUUUGUCACAUCGCAGCCGUCUGCUGAAUGCGACUACGCAUAAGCUACUUGGAAGAAGCUCGGCGUUGCACCUGGCCGCAAGUCAAGGCAAGGAACAACUCUGCAAACAGCUGCUUGCUGCGGGAGCUCUCAUUGCAGCCCUGAACAGCGAGGCGGCUACUGCUCUGCAUCUGGCGUGCAGCUCGGGGCAUGUGGCAACGGUGCAGGCUCUGCUGGAUUGCAGAGCGCCUGUAGAUGCCACGACGCUGCGUGGGGAGACUCCCCUGAUGUUGGCGGCCUAUAAUUUGCAUACGGAAAUUUGCAGACUGCUGCUCAAGCACGGGGCAGAUCCGGACCAGGUCAGCAGGGCUGAGGGAUUUUCCGUGCUGCAUGCCGUUUCCACCGGAGUGACACGACAAGCCACCCACUACUUUAGGGGGCUUGCCUGGGAAGGGGAUCGCGCAUGCGCUGCACUUUCGGGGCUUUCGGUCCAGUCCAAGCAUCUCGGCUUCUACGUCAAAGACAGCACUUACAUCUCCCAGGAGACCCUGGUGGAUGUGCGCUUGCCCGCCGCAUGCCCGGAGAGCUCCGAGCUGUUUUUCUUCCCCAAAACAAUGUUGGAGAGGACGCGAAAGGCUCAGGAAAUUCUUUUGCUCCUCACGAGACACUGCACGUACGAUAUGUACAGGUUGCAGUCGAACAGGGGCUUUGCGCCGGCGGAUCUGCUGCUAAGCACCUGGGAUGCCUUUGUCACUCGAAAGGAGCGGCUGCUGCAAGUAAACGACUUGCAGCUUGAGGGGCAGACACGCGAGGAGGCAAAGGCAACUAACGAGGGGUGGCAGUUUGUCCUGCACCAGAUUUUUGUCAUUAGAGAUAUGCUAAAGCCAGAGCUCCUCCCCCAAGGCCCCUCAACCCGCAUGCACCAGCGUUUCGACACCCCGAGACCAGAGGAACUACAACAGCGCAACAAAGAAAAAAUGGUAGGCGAUGCUCCCUGGCUUUUCUCCGAGCUCAUCGCAUCAGGCGCCACAAGGCCCUCUCAUAAACCGCCGAUGCAUCAAAAACACCUCGUCACACGAGACACUGAUGCACUGAAAACGGCCCCCAAAUCGUCGAAGGAAGCAACCGGCGGUACGGGCUUUCAGCUUUCCUCUAAAGUAACAGGCGCCGCAAAGCCUUCCCAGCAGCACCCUGCUCCGCACGCAAAGGAAAAGCCCUCUCCGGCUGCAGAUAAAAAAGCGCCUCCAGAUAGCAAGAGUAAUCUUUCGCCUGAUGCCGCAGCUUCCACACAGAUCCACGUGGGAGUGCCUAAAGAGGAACUCCCCUCCAACGCCACGGGCGAGCUUUCAGCACCCAAGCUACAAGCUCCCGCAGUGCAAACGGCCUCGCCAAAGCCCUCGGCUGCAGGGGCCCCUCCAGUGCCAAAAGGCCCACCCCAGGCAGUCAAGGGACCCCCUCCCGAGGGGGGAAAGGGGCCUCCGAAAGCGGUAAAGGGCACCCCACCCGAUGCGGUAAAGGGACCCCCUCCCGAGGGGGUAAAGGGGCCUCCGAAAGCGGUAAAGGGCACCCCACCCGAUGCGGUAAAGGGACCCCCUCCCGAGGGGGUAAAGGGGCCUCCGAAAGCGGUAAAGGGCACCCCACCCGAUGCGGUAAAGGGACCUCCUCCCGAGGAGGUAAAGGCGCCUCCGAAAGCGGUAAAGAGCACCCCACCCGAUGCGGUAAAGGGACCUCCUCCCGAGGGGGGAAAGGGGCCUCCGAAAGCGGUAAAGGGCACCCCACCCGAUGCGGUAAAGGGACCUCCUCCCGAGGGGGUAAAGGGGCCUCCGAAAGCGGUAAAGGGCACCCCACCCGAUGCGGUAAAGGGGCCUCCGAAAGCGGUAAAAGCCCCUUCCGAGGGGGUAAACGAACCUUCGGAAGCGGUAAAGGGGCCUCCUGAGGGGGUGAAGACACCUGCGAAGCCGGUAGACGGGGCCCCCGAGGCUGUAAAGCGGCCCCCGCCACCGAGCAAGGGGCCACCACCUCCGGCCAAGGGCGCACCUCCGAAAGCAAAGGGACCGCCAGGUGUUCAGUAG